CUCUGAUUGCAGAAAAUGCCCCUUGCCAGAAACAUACCGGAAUAAUCUAUUCGUACGUAACACACUCCACAGAAAGCAUCAUACUUACUGCACAUUCCAAUAAAAGUUGGUGGUGGGUCUCGGUGGCUCUUUGAGUAUUCGUAUUUUAUAUAUAUAUAUAUAUAUAUAUAUAUACAUACAUAUAUAUAGGCCAUCUGAAUCACUAUUUGUGGUGUAUCCAUCAAUCAGAGCUGUAAAAGUACGAGUCAUUCUUCUAAUACUCUUUGUCUACUAAUUUCAAGGCAUUUCAUGAAAGAUGGAUGCUGUUGGGACGUCCAGCACUGCUGGAGCCAAAUACGAGUGCUUGAUUUUUGAUAUGGAUGAUACUCUCUACCCCAUGAGCUCAGGUCUCAACUUGGCAUGCCGCAAGAACAUCCAAGAAUUCAUGCUGCGACACUUGCAAAUUGAAGAAAGUGAAGUUCCUAAGAUGUGCGGGGAAUUAUAUAGGGAAUAUGGGACAACUAUGGCUGGUCUAAAGGCUUUUGGCUAUGAAUUUGAUAACGACGAGUUUCAUGCUUAUGUCCAUGGAAGGUUACCCUAUGAUGUCCUAAAGCCCGAUUUGCUGUUAAGGAACCUUUUAUUAUCCAUGCCACAACGAAAAAUAAUCUUCACUAAUGCUGACAAAGCACAUGCAGCUCAAGUACUCCAUAGGUUGGGUUUGGAAGAUUGUUUUGAAGGCAUCAUAUGCUUUGAAACGCUUAACCCACAUAUUGAACGAGUGGGUUCUAUGGCUGCACCAGAUAAUACCCUCCCUGCAGGAGAUGGCAAUGGUAUCAGUUCCAAGUCUAAAAUCCUAUGCAAACCCUCUGUGGAAGCCAUUGAAGCUGCUAUUCAGAUUGCAAAUGUUGACCCCAGUACAACGAUUUUCUUUGAUGAUAGUGCCCGAAACAUUGCAAGUGGAAAAGAAGCGGGACUUCAAACGGUUAUUGUAUGGCAUGCAGCUAAGAUAGAUUAACAUCAACAACUUAAAGAUUACAUUUGCUAAGACUUCUAACAGAUAAAAAGUAGGGAGCACAGUACCAGCGCCUGGUGCAGAUCAUGCCUUGAGUAGCAUCCACAAUAUCAAAGAAGCACUACCUGAAAUAUGGGACGGUGAAGAGAGGAAACAGCUAGAGCAAGUUAU